AUGGCACCGUACGAGGUGUUAUAUGGUUGUAGAUGUCGUACUCCUACCUGUUGGACGGAACUUGGUGAGUGGCGAGUUUUGGGGCCAGAUUUAGUUUCUGAUGCUGAAGAAAAGGUCUCACCAUGGAAGAAAAUCCUAAGAUUUGGAUGGAAGGGCAAGCUUAGCCCUAGGUUUAUCGGGCCAUACCAGGUUCUGAAACGGGUGGGACCAAUUGCCUAUCAGCUUGAGUUGCCUCCAGAUUUAGACAGGAUUCAUAAUGUGCUCUAUGUCUCUAUACUAAGACAUUACCGCUCUGAUCCCACGCAUAUUGUGCCAGUUGAGGAAAUUGAGGUUAGGUCUAAUUUGACUUUCAAGGAAGAACCGGUGCAGAUACUGGAUUGUGACGUCAAAGUGCUGAAAAGAAAAUCAGUUCCAUUGGUCAAGGUGCUUUGGCGUAAUCACAGUUCAAAGGAAGCCACGUGGGAGACUGAAGAAGCGAUGCGAUAG